AACUUUAAAUGUGCUGUUGUUUUGUUUCUUGAACACGCACAACUAUUUGUGCAAUGCAUUUUAUAUUAACUUAAUGUUUUCGAUAUUUCUGACACUGCAACAGCGAUAAGUACCGGGAGCCAUGCUACUGUAUCCCGCUUGGGGGAGCCUCGUCCCCAGGUAUGUUCGCGUUCAUCUCGCUCUUCCAGGAGCUAAUUGAACAGGGACUUUUUGACAACUUUGAUGACAUUGUCGUCUCUAUAGCAACAGGAUGUACAGCAGCGGGCAUUGCUGUCGGUAACUAUCUUACCGGAUCAAAACUGAGAAUCCACGCAGUUUCUAUCGCCCUAAGUAAGGAGGAGCUGACUAAACGUAUCGACCAAAUGUUGUCGGACAUAGGACUGACCCUCGGUGCAAAUGACAUCAUGGAUAUCAUAGAUGACUACAUCGGAGAGGGGUAUGGGACUGCUACGGAGGGGCUUUUAGAGACCAUCACGAACGUGAGCGCUAACACAGGAAUACUUCUGGACCCCUAUUACACUGGCAAGGGCACGCAAGGUUUACUCGAGGAACUCAAGAAAACUCCUUCAAGAUUUCAAGGGAAAAGAAUCCUAUUUAUACACACCGGUGGUAUAUUCGGAUUGUUUAACGGUGAGAUGGACCGGGUGAUGAACCUUCCGGGUAACCAUGCCUACUACAUCAAUGAGUGGCCAGAGAAAGACAUUCCUCUUGUUCAAUAAAAUACAUGUUUUAC